AUGGUCAAUGCCAGGGCUUUCAGUGCCCCAGGAAAGGCACUUUUAGUUGGGGGAUACUUGGUUCUAGAUCCACGCUAUUCUUCCUAUGUUGUAGCACUCUCAUCUAGAAUGCACGCAAUAGUUACUGAAGUGAAGUCUUCAGAUCCUGAAGGCAUUAAAAUUACUGUUCGCAGCUCUCAAUUCAAUGGAGAUGAGUGGAACUAUGAAGUGAAGGGAGAGAAGGGAAGCCAAAACUUCAAACUGUCGGAAAUGAACGAUAAAAAGAAUCCUUUUGUUGAGAAGACCCUGCUCAAUAUAUUCACUUACUUUCAGAUCUCGCUUAGUGAAACUUCAAAUAUCAUGAUUGAUAUUUAUUCAGAUGCAGGCUAUCAUUCUCAGGCAAAUAGUGUGGUCAAGAAAAACUAUCACAAAGAGUUUAGAUACCACACAAAAUCUAUCACCGAAGUUCCUAAAACUGGAUUGGGUUCGUCUGCGGGACUCGUUACAGUAUUGACAACUGCCUUAGUUUCAUUCUUCAAACCGAAUAUUUCGGUCGCCAAGGUUGCGGAUUUGAAUUUAAUUCACAACCUUGCCCAGGUUUCGCAUUGUCAAGCGCAAGGAAAGGUAGGAAGUGGCUUUGACGUGGCAGCAGCAACUUUUGGUUCAAUUUUAUAUCGGAGAUUUGACCCUGAUUUAAUUAAUAAACUCCCACCGAUCAAUUCUACGGAGUAUCAAGGAUCCCUGGUCAAUUUGAUUGAUGAAACUGAUUGGAAAAUUACUGCGGAGCCGAUAGGCCUACCUAAAGGCUUGAGGCUAGUGAUGGGAGAUGUUAGUAGCGGCUCUGAAACAACCAAAUUAGUGGCCAAAGUUAAAGAAUGGUUCAAUAAAAACACCCCCAGAAGCGAAGAAAUCUACGAUGCAAUUAACGAGGGAAACUUAAGAUUUAUCGAUGGAAUCAAUGAACUAUCGAAACUACUUGAGCAAUCACCUGAUAAAUACGAGGGUAUGAUUCAAUCUCUGGAAAAGGGAGGAGAUCCCAAGUCAUACGAGUGCUUCAAAAACAUAAUGGAUGCAGUUGAUCAAAUAAGGGAGAAUUUUAGGAUAAUUACCCUUGAGUCUGGUGCUGAUAUUGAACCUCCAGUUCAAAGCAAACUCAUAGAUGACUCUUUAAAAUUGAGAGGAGUUCUGACCGGCGUCGUUCCUGGUGCUGGUGGUUACGAUGCUAUAUCGUUGAUUGCAACCGAGCAUGCGAACUUACCUUCCCAGACAGAAAAAGACAGCAACUUUAAGAAUGUCACAUGGUUAAAUUUGCGUCAAGAAAACACUGGUCUUGCAGAAGAACUUCCAUCUCAUUACUACAAUCUCGAGUAG